AGCCUCUUUUACUGUAUAUAGCCUGCCAUACCCCAUGUACAGUCACUCUGCUUUCACAGUCACUCUGAAACUACAUGGAAAGACUUCAUGUACAACAAUGCGCUCCAACAUCACAACUGAGGACUAUCCUGAUUACGACCCAGUUCCAGAUAAGUACACACCCUGCAACGCCAAUAUAAAGGCCUUCAGCACAGUCUUCCUCCCUACACUCUAUAGCAUCGUCUUCAUCGUGGGGUUCAUCGGCAACUGCCUGAUUGUUUGUGUCCAGGUCAAGUAUCACAAAUGGUCCAACAUGUCAGAUGUUUGCCUCUUCAACUUGGCAAUUUCAGACCUCCUCUUCCUUCUCUCAUUGCCUUUCUGGGCUCACUACGCCCUCACCAGUCAGUGGACCUUCGGGAACUUCAUGUGCCAUACAGUGACGGCGUUCUACACGCUGGGAUUCUAUGGAAGCAUCUUCUUCAUGAUCCUCAUGACCAUUGAGCGCUACAGUGUCAUUGUCCACACCAACACCUUUCUCUUCUCUAAGCACCGGUCUGUCAGUGCUAUCAUAGCCCUAGUUUUGUUAAUGUGGACACUUAGCCUGGGAGCUUCUCUGCCAAACAUCAUUUGGGCACAAGUGAACAAUAAAUCAGAAAUAUGGACAUGCAGUUUGGAAUAUCCAAAAGGAACAAAGUGGAGGUAUUUCUCUUACAUGGAGUUGAACAUCCUUGGCUUAAUUAUUCCUCUCUCAGUGAUGGUGUUCUGCUACUCACGCAUCAUCCCUAUCUUAAUGAGCAUGACGUCUGAGAAGAAACACAGAGCUGUCAGGCUCAUUCUGGUCUUGGUCAGUGGUUUCUUCCUCUUCUGGACACCUUACAACAUCGUCAUCUUCCUGAAGUUUCUGCAUCAUUUGGGUUACAUGAGCACUUGUGAGUGGUAUCAGGACCUGAACAUGGCUAUGCAGUGGGUGGAAACCAUAGCGUACUGUCACUGCUGCAUCAACCCCAUCAUCUACGCCUUUGUGGGGCAGAGAUUCAGGAAUUUAUUUCUAAGGAUUCUAAGAGUGGUUUCCUCGUUGCUUUGUCCUGUGCCCAACAACUGAGUUAUCCGUAAGAAUUUCCACUAUGCACACUACACAGUAACUUCCUCCUUAAUGACAUCAUCAAAAUUGUAAUCUUUAUUACUAAUAUUGUCAUUAACAUAUAUUUCAAUUUGUUAAAAAAAAGAAGAUUCCAUAACUCCAUAAUACUAUUGUUAGAGACCCCCCCCUUUUAGUGGUUGAUGGUUAUUUUGUCGUCAUUUUUUGAACCUUUUUAUCGUUUAAUGCCGAUUGUGUUUCUUUGUUCUCCGUUCUGUAUAAAUAAUAUUUGUGUUGCUAACAGUGAGAACCACAAACUUUGUAUUGGACAACUUUUAACUUUUCCUCAUUACAUUUUUACACAAAUAUCUGUACUUUUUACUUCUUACAUUUCCCAAACAGACUCGUUACUUUUAGUAUUAUUCCUUCUCAUUGGACGCUGUUUCCAGCCUAUCAUCCUAUCA